UAGGCUGUACAGCCGGAUGCUGGGGCGCGCGCCUCGCGCACUGAUGACGGCAGCUGAGGUGUACUCCGCUGACUGAGAGUGACGCAUGCGCAGUGCGGAGUGAGCGAGGUUACCUCACUGUUGACCAGUGCCCGGUCCCUGUCUCCGUGCUGCUGGCUGCACUUCCUCAUCCUCCCCAGUCCCUGCUUCUGUGGUGCCCCUGUCUCCGGCACUCUCCGCUGGGCCUGCUCCUCCGAGCCUGACGCGCCUGUGCUUCUUCCCCGCUCUGGCAGGGACAGUAUGAAGAUUGUGUAACUGUGGCAGUGUCUUAUGUCGCGCUGAUAUCCCGACACCGUCUAGUGCCGGGCUCUAUGCUGCUGCUGGACCAUGAAUCUGCACCAGGUGCUGACAGGAGCCGUCAACCCGGGUGAUAACUGCUUCUCUGUGGGCAGUGUGCAGGAGCAGCCCAUAACGGCUUAUGCAUCUGGCUGUGAUGUGGUGAUUUUGGGAAGUGAUUUCGAGAGACUACAAGUGAUUCCUGGAGUAAAACAUGGCAAUGUUUUGGUGGGCUGUGUGGACUGUUCCAUGCAACAGGGCAGGAUUGCAGCUUCAUAUGGCAAUGUGAUUUGCAUCUUCGAGCCAGUCAGUCUGCUGAAACAAAAGAAGCCUCAGUCACAAGAAAUUCGCUGUCAUUGGCAGAAGAGUGGCCACAUUGUCUUGGACUCUAUCGUACAUAAUUUAACUUGGGACCCAACAGGUACACGUCUGUUAACUGGUUCAAGCAGCCUACAACUUUGGUCCAAUAGUACGUUUGACAAGUUAUCUAAUGAGGAGACUCAGGAGAAAGUGGAAACAGCUGAUGUUGAUUUGGCAAAAUGGCAGUGUAUAUGGCAGUGCAAAACAGCAUUUUCAGUGCACUUAAUGAAAUUUUCCCCCGAUGGAGAAUUUUUCGCAACUGCUGGAAAGGAUGACUGCCUUGUUAAGGUCUGGUACAAUGCUGAAAGCUGGCAUUCUGCAGUUACAUCUCCUGUUACAAGUCCAGAGAAAGAAGAUCAAGGAGGAAUUGACUAUUCUUUUAUCUACCUUGCUCAUCCUCGAGCAGUAAAUGGGUUUUCUUGGAGAAAGACAAGUAAAUCUAUGCCACGAGGCUCUGUAUGUAAUGUUCUGCUGACUUGCUGCAAAGACAAUGUUUGCCGUCUAUGGGCAGAGACAUUACUACCCAACGACAGCCUUUUAUAUGGAGAUGGAUUCGGACAAAAAGUUGAGCCUGACGGCUUAAAUAAUAACUUCAAAAGAAAUCCUUCAAGUAAAGAGCGUGUGCAAAGUGCUUUGGAGUUAAAUUUGAGGCAUUUUCGUAGAGGCAGGAGGAGAUCAUCGGCAUUAGUAGCACAUACUGGAUGCCCACCUAACCAGCAAGAUGCUCAUGAGGUUCAUCGGAAUACACCUUUCCACGGCAAUGCACUUUGUCAUUUUCACAUUGCUGCCAGCAUUAACCCAGCAACAGACAUUCCUUUACUACCUUCCAUCUCAUCAAUGAGUCUUGGAGAGACUGAAGAAAAAAGUGGACCUUUUGUUGUACAUUGGCUAAAUAACAAGGAGUUGCAUUUUUCUUUGUCUAUGGAAGUCUUCCUACAACAGCUCAAGAAAAGCUUUGAACAGCAGUCUUCUGAAGCUAGUACAGAUGAAAUAAACCAGGAUGAAGGGAAUUCAGAUGAAGAUGAUGAUUAUUUGGGAGGCGUUGAAGCCAAAUUGUCCACUGAGAAAAAGGAAGUGAGUGGUGACAGAGCAGUCUCAAAUUCGUCUUUCAUGUCUUUCCCAUCAUCAGUAAUUGAUCAUGAAAUUGAAAUCCUGCUCUCAGAGUGGAAUAAAAACCCAGACAUGCUGUUUAGUAUUCAUCCUGUGGAUGGCUCUUUGCUGGUAUGGCACGUGGAUUGGCUGGAUGAGUAUCAGCCUGGCAUGUUUCGGCAGGUGCAGGUGUCAUUUUCGUGUAGAAUUCCAGUAGCAUUUCCUACUGGAGAUGCCAAUUCGCUUUGCAGGAGUAUUGUUAUGUAUGCCAGUACAAAAAAUGUAGACUUGGCCAUUCAGCAGGGCAAACAGAAGCCUCCGGGUGUGGCACGUUCCUCGUCAAUGCUAAUUUCUGCUGGGCACAAUAAAUCCUCCAACAGUUUAAAACUGAGUAUUUUCACUCCUAAUGUGUUGAUGAUCUCUAAGCAUGCUGACGGAUCACUGAAUCAGUGGCAGGUUAGCUUUGCUGAAGAAUCUGCCUUUUCGACUGUGCUCAGCAUUUCUCAUAAGUCCCGAUACUGUGGCCAUCGCUUUCAUCUUAACGACUUAGCCUGUCAUUCUGUACUGCCGUUAUUGCUGACCACUUCUCAUCAUAACGCCCCACAUCCAUUGGAGGGCGAGGAAGAUAAUGUGUCACCCGACUCUUUACAAGGAGGCGGCUUUACUAAUCAGAAUGGAAUAGUUGAACCAGACACAAGCGAGGACACAAAUGCAGUGCACAGUGAACUUAUCCUUUGGCGUGUGAAUCCUGUGGGACCGUUGUCCUUUUCUGGCGGUGUCUCUGAGCUGGCGCGUAUUAAUUCUCUUCACACGUCUGCUUUCUCCAAUGUGGCUUGGUUGCCUACUCUUAUACCAAGUCAUUGUUUAGGCACGUACUGCAAUUCACCGAGUGCAUGUUUUGUUGCUAGUGACGGGCAGAAUUUAAGAUUAUAUCAAGCAGUCAUUGAUGCAAAAAAGCUGCUUUGUGAGCUGUCUAAUCCAGAUAUAUCCAAGUAUGUUGGGGAAGUUUUUAACAUCAUUAGUCAGCAAUCCACUGCUAGACCAGGAUGCAUUAUAGAGCUAGACGCCAUUACAAACCUGCAUGGUAGAAAAACACAAUUGUUACAUGUGUUUCAAGAAGACUUCAUAUUGGAAAACCUAAGAAAAACUGGAACAUCAGGAAUUAGUGGGAAUCUGUCCAAUUCUGAAAACUCCCAGAAUGUUUUUUCUGAAAAAUUCUAUUUGGUGGUGAUUGACUACACCAAAGAAAAGCGCUCUGUCUUGCAUAUGUGGAAUUUACAUCUGAAAUCUAUUCCUGUCUCUAUGGAGGAGCAAUCAGAGCAGUCAGUCUCAGAAGUAUCAGAAAAUAUCCCACCCAAAGAAGAUUCAUUUAGCUCUGUUUCUGGCGAUAAGGUGCAGUCUCCACUUACACAAAGGUACCAGACCUGUAAAGCAAAUCUUCAGAGUACCAGCAAAAUGGUCCUUUCAUCCGAGCUUGUGUAUAGCCAAGAACUGAGUUUGCCUGAUGGUGUGGAAGUAAUUAGCGUGAAGCCCUCUGCAGGCCACCUCAGUUCUUCGUCAAUGUACCCUGUAUGUAAUGCUCCUUAUCUACUAGCAACCUCUUGCUCUGAUGGUAAAGUGAGAUUCUGGCGAUGCAGAGUAGGCUCGGAACUUUCAUCCCCUGAUCUGGAAAACGAUGUCACAUAUACUUGGGAGGAAUGGCCUUUGCUGAUUGAAGAUGGUUUCCAAAAGGGAGCUGUGAGUGUACCUGGCAGGCCCAUUGAAGUGAGCUGUGCUCAUACGAACUGUCUGGCAGUAGCAUUCAAGCAAGCGCCAUGUAAAACGGGUUUGUCUCAAGACUUCUUGAUGCAUGUUAGUAUCUUUGAAUGUGAAUCCACUGGUGGUUCUUGUUGGAUUCUGGAACAGACCAUUCAUUUGGAUGAAUUAAGUGCAAUGUUGGAGACUGGAAUUAGUAUUGACAACAAUCUUGUAGCUUACAAUAAAAAUGAUGUGUUUUUAUCUGCCAACAAGCAGUUCCAACCAAGCACAAAAAACUUAGUUCGUUUAGACUGGAUGUCAAGAGAAGAUGGUUCACAUAUGUUAACUAUAGGCAUCGGUUCAAAACUUCUCAUGUAUGGCCAGGUGGCAAGAAAACUACAAGAACACUCCUGUAAAGAGGAAUUUGCUUUGCAACUCUGGGAUACUGCCAAAAACACAUCACAGCCCAGAUUUGUACUGCUGCGAUGUGUUGAUUUAGUGUCUUCUGUGGAAGGGUCUCUUCCUUUACCUGUGUCUUUGUCUUGGGUUAGGGAUGGGAUACUUGUGGUUGGAAUGGAUUGUGAAAUGCAUGUCUACUCCCAGUGGCAGCCUGACUCUAAGCAGGAUUCAGCUAGCACAGACUCUUACAGUGGCAGCACCCCAUCUAUCACAAAUUUAGUUAAACAAAGCCAGUCUGUUGCCUCUGGUCUUAAUCCACCAAAGAAACCCAUCACUAGGUCAAUGACUAGCUUAGCACAAAAACUUAUGGGAAAGAAAACUGCUUUUGACCUCCCAGUAGAGAUGGAAGACUCUGGGCUGUUUGAAGCCGCUCAUUCUUUAUUUCCAACUUUACCUCAGUAUCAUCCUUUGCAGCUUCUGGGCUUGAUGGAUCUAGGUAAAGUUCGUAGGGCAAAAGCUAUUCUAUCGCAUCUAGUAAAAUGUAUUGCUGGGGAAGUGGUUGCAAUUAACGAUAAUGAACCCAACCAUGAGCGCAGGCUUCGCUCUCUUUCAAUCAGUGCCAGUGGCAGCACUUCACGAGACCCCAAAACUUUCAGAAAACUUGAGAGUGCAGAUUACACAGAAAUUGAUUCUGUCCCUCCCCUACCCCUAUAUGCUCUACUUGCUGCAGAUGAGGAUUCCGCUUUCACAGCUACGGUGGAAAAAUCCAUCAACCAAAACAAUUCCAACAAAAUGAAUGACCGCAACGGAAAUGCUGAAAAUUAUGAUGAACUUUUCCAAGUUCCCAAUAUAAGCUCUGAUGAACUUACAACCAUGGAAUCGGAAGAGGACAGCAAGAAACCCCAAGUGAUUGAUUUGUCUCAGUAUAGCCCCACCUACUUUGGCCCUGAGCAUUCCAAGGUUUUGUCUAGACAUUUACUCCAUUCUAGCUUACCUGGUUUGACCCGUAUCGAGCAGAUGUCUCUGAUGGCUCUAGCAGAUACAAUCGCCACGACCAGUACAGAUAUUGGCGAGAGCAGAGAUCGCAGCCAAGGUGGUGAGACCCUUGAUGAAUGUGGACUCAAAUAUUUUCUGGCUGUUAGACUUCAUACAUUUCUUACUACUUCACUUCCACCAGCUUAUCGAGUUCAUCUUUCUCAUCAAGGGUUGUCUACUAGUCAUUUUGCUUGGGCCUUUCAUUCGGUGGCAGAGGAAGAAUUGCUUGCCACACUUCCUGCUAUGCAGAAAGGUGACCCUACCUGGGCAGAACUGAGGGCUAUGGGAGUGGGAUGGUGGAUGCGAAACAUAAACAGUUUACGAAGAUGCAUUGAAAAGGUUGCAAAGGCAGCGUUCCAACGUAACAAUGACCCCUUAGAUGCGGCUAUAUUCUACCUGGCUAUGAAGAAGAAAGCGGUGAUAUGGGGGUUAUAUAGGUCUCAGAAAGAAGCAAAAAUGACUCAGUUUUUUGGGCACAACUUCAGUGAAGAGAGAUGGAGGAAAGCGGCUCUGAAGAAUGCGUUCUCCCUGCUCGGCAAACAGCGCUUUGAGCACUCUGCCGCUUUCUUUCUCCUAGCUGGAUCCCUUAAGGAUGCUGUGGAGGUUUGUCUUGAAAAAUUACAUGACAUUCAGCUUGCUCUGGUGAUAUCCAGGCUGUAUGAAUCUGAAUUUGAAAAAUCUUCAUCUUAUAAAUCUAUUUUGCAAAAGAGAGUGCUAGGAAUAGAGUCACCUGGCAGAGAGCCCACUCUGUCCUCUGUGCACCCAGACCCUUUUGUGCGAAGCAUGACCUACUGGAUUCUGGAGGAUUACAGGCGAGCCCUGGAAACGCUGCUGACGCAGCUGGUUAGAGAAGACGAUGAUACCUGGAGCUUGUCCUCAAGUUGUGAUCCAUCAGUCUUCAAUUUCUACAAUUUUCUAAGAACACACCCUAUGAUAUUGAGACGACAUUUUGAAGCUUCUGAGUCCUCUUCUACGAAGCUGCAUCUCUCUAUUGAAAAUGGUUUGGCUGACAAAAUUAACCUUGGUGAAAGGAGGUUGUUCUUUACCACUGCACAUGCUCAUUUAAAAGCUGGAUGUCCAAUGUUGGCACUUGAAGUAAUAUCAAAAAUGCCCAAGGUAGUAAAACGGUCAAAACCACUGCUUCGGACUUCAAGUUUCAUGGAUACAAGCAAGGUGACCACACCAUUGUCUCCCUUGCUGGAAGAGAAGAAAGACUUGGCCUGUAAUUUUGAUUGGGCAAGCCCUGUGGUCAAUGGUGUAUCCGACUUGUCUUCAGAGAAGCAGUCAAGCUCUGCCCUUUCAUUUGACUUUAGCCAGUCCUCAAUGGUAAUUGAGGACGAGCCUUUGGAAUUAACCUGGGAUAGUGAUCCUGAUGAAUCGGAAGAAUCUGGUUUAUCAAUGAAGGAUUUACAGCACUCACAAAGCACAGAAAGUGUUCUACCUGGGGCAACCAUGACUACAUACUCAGAAUCUACGAGCACUGAUGAAAAUGAUGUUCUGAGUCCCUCAGAAGAUGUGAUUGCUGCACAGUUAAAAUUUAGAGCAUGCCUUAAGAUUCUCACUGGUGAACUACGGACGUUAUCCACUGGUUAUGAAGUUGAUGGUGGCAAGCUGAGAUAUCAGCUGUAUAGUUGGUUGGAAAGAGCAGUUGUUUCUCUUCAAAAGAUUUGUGAUUACAAUGCUAAUCUGGAAGAGCUGAAGCCUGCAGCAGCUGAUGGAUAUUCUUAUGAAGACAGCUCCGAUAAUUCCUAUGACCAAGCAAAUCCAAAGCAGAGGAAUGAACUUCUUCAGAGACGUCAAUGGCUGCUAAAAUUCCAGUCGCUAUUAAGGAUGUUCCUGAGCUUCUGUGUGCUCCAUGGGUCUCAUGGUGGUGGCCUGGCCUCUGUACGAAUGGAAUUAAUAUUGCUUCUGCAAGAAUCUCAGCAGGAUUGUGUAGUGAUUUCCAAUCCUCAGACAGAGCAGACUUCAAUUCCACUUCUGUUUGCUUGCACAGCUAGUGCCAAAAUUGUUGUGGCCAACCCUUUACUGCAUCUCACCAACUUAACCCAUGAUAUAUUACACGCCAUAGUGAAACUCGAUUCACCCCCUCAUCCCGAUGUCCGCCAUAACAAGAUUUACGUAAUGCAUACUCUAGCUGCAUCCCUUUCUGCUUGUAUCUAUCAGUGUCUUUGUGGAGGACAAGCCAACAGUUCCUCUUUGCCAACGAAUCCAUUUACAGGCAUGGUGUACCAAAGUGUGCUGCUUAUCCAAAGGCAACCACUGAGAACAACAAGCUUGGAUGAAGCAGUGAUACCAAACACCUCUCCCACUCACUGGCCAGGGAUCAGUGCUUUAAUCCGCCUACUGAAUUCUGCUGGAGAAGAAACCCAACCUGGCCUUACUAUCUUGUUGUGCGAGAUCCUUACUGCUGUGUACCUGAGCCUGUUCAUCCAUGGAUUAGCCACUCACUCAAGCCAAGAGCUGUUCUGCAUUGUUGCCCAUCCUUUGAGUGACAAAAUGUGGUCUGCAGUCUUCGGAGGUGGAGCUCGAAUUCCAUGCAGAGGACAAAUGCCUGUUAAACCAGUCAAAGGAAAAUACUUUUCUAUUCCUAGCCCUCAUCAGGUAGUUGUGUUCUCCAUGGAAUGUGUUGGCUUUUCCAAAGCCCUUACUGCCAUCAGUACUCAUAGCCCUCCCAGCCCUGCAGUUCUGUCUCCUCCAGUGGAAGAAAGUGAGAAGGCACCGAAACGCUUCAGAAUGUCUACUAAAACUCAACCCAAAGAUUCUGCAUCUGUUUUUGCAUCACCUGUGUUAGAGCAGGGUUCAUCAAUAUUCCGGGAAAAAUUCAUCCCUCCUGAACUGAGCAUCUGGGAUUAUUUCAUCGCCAAGCCUUUGCUUCCCCUUUCACAAAACAAACUAGAAUAUGAUUCCGAUGACAGUCAAGUAAGUGAUGAUGAGGACUACCAGGAAGAUGAUGUCUCAUUGUCGGAUGUACAGAUUCAAGAGCACUCAAAUCCUAAUUCAUACAGUUGGGCUCUAAUGCGUCUUGCAAUGGUGCAGUUUGUGCUUCAGAAUUUGAAGAGCUUCUAUCCCUUAGCUGGACACGAACUUUCAGAACUUCCAGUAUCUUCUCCACUCUGCCACGCAACACUAAAGACAUUGCAGCGCUGGGAACAGGUGCUCUUACGAAGGCUUGAAAUAUAUGGUGGACCACCCCAAGACUUCAUUAACAUACCAACCUCAGAAGAAGCUCUCUCUGCUGGUCCUGCCAUCCUGAGGCAUAAAGCAUUGCUAGAGCCAACAAAUACACCAUUCAAAUCCAAGCAUUCGAGCACCUUACCUAUAAAGAGGCUUUGGCAAUAUCUGGUAAAACAGGAGGACAUCCAGGAAACAUUUAUAAGAAAUAUUUUUACAAACAAAAGAUCGCUGAAUGAGACUGAAACUGAUCUUGGAUCCUCAGGAGGGAGAGCAAGAAUAAUCCAUAAAGAGUCUGACAUAAUCACUGCUUUUGCAGUAAAUAAAGCGAACCGAAACUGUGUUGCAAUCGCUUCCAGCCAUGAUAUCCAGGAACUAGACGUGUCUGCAAUCUUGGCCACUCAAAUAUAUUCAUGGAUUGAUGAUGAAUCUGAAAUGGAAAAUAAAGGAACGGACGAUUUCCUGGUUGUACACACGCGUGAUGAUCUUACAGCUGUUCAGGGCUCCACUCCUUACACACACAGCAAUCCAGGCACUCCUAUCAAUAUGCCUUGGCUAGGAGGCGUUCAAACCGGGAGAGGUGCAUCUGUACUAAUAAAGAAAACAAUCAAAGAUGUCCGAAGGAUGGCAUCCCAUCCAACCCUCCCCUACUAUCUUACUGGAGCUCAAGAUGGCAGUGUAAGGAUGUUUGAGUGGGGUCAUGCACAGCAGAUAACAUGCUUCCGGACAGGUGGGAAUUCCAGAGUAACACGGAUUAAGUUUAACCACCAGGGAAAUAAGUUUGGAAUUGUUGAUGCCGAUGGGUUUAUCAGUCUGUAUCAGACCAACUGGAAAUACAUUGCUGCUAAUGGAAGUCCUGCCAAACCAUACUUGACGUGGCAGUGCCAUAACAAAACUGCCAACGACUUUGUUUUCAUCAGUUCCUCUUCCUUGAUCGGAACAGCAGGACAGUCCAAUGAUAAUAGAAAUAUCUGUUUGUGGGAUACCUUGGUAACGCCUGCAAAUAGUUUAGUUCAUGCUUUCGUGUGCCAUGAUAGUGGCGCAACGGUCAUUACUUAUGCACCAAAAUGUCAGCUUUUAAUAUCAGGAGGCAGAAAAGGAUUCACUUGCCUGUUCGACUUGCGCCAGAGGCAACAAAGACACCUUUUCCAGAGCCAUGAUUCUGCGGUCAAGGCCAUUGCCGUAGACACAACAGAAGAAUAUUUUAUUACUGGAUCUGCAGAAGGCAAUAUUAAGGUCUGGAGCCUAACAACUUGCAGUCUGCUGCACACUUUCCUAAACGAACAUGCACGUCAGUCCAUCUUCCGGAAUAUUGGCACAGGGGUGAUGCAGAUAGAGACUGGUCCAGCCAAUCACAUUUUCUCUUGUGGAGCUGAUGGCACUGUCAAAAUGAGAAUAUUGCCAGACCGCUUUAGUACGAUUAAUGACCACCUGAAAAAUGAAGUGAAAUUUGUUCUCUGAGUUUCAUAUUGAAUGAUUUAAACCUUUGGACUCUUCUGUGAUUCUGCAAUGCAUUGUCCUGCACUAGCUCUGAGAGUGGAUUAAAAUGUAACAAAUCCAGUAAGAAAAGUGGCCGGCAGAUGAAAUGUGCAAUGCUUUAUGGACGUGCCACUAUGAUGAUGUUGCUUUGCGCAGUUAAUAUUUAUUUUUGUGAAAUCUAGUUUGUUUUUGUUUUAUUUUAGCCCUUGACGCACUGAUGCCUUAAAAAUGAUUAACACAAUCAUUCAUCAGCUGAAUGUAGUGUUGCCUAAAACAGGAAAUUGAUAAAUAUGUAAAAUAUAAUAUAUACAUAUAUUCAUAUAUACUUGUACUGCUGCUGAAGUUUUUUUUUUUCUAUAGAGUUUUUAAAUGUUUAAAAUCUGCACAUUUGAAAAAAACUGAAUGUGUAGAACAGUUAAACAGUAUGAUUUAAUGAUUAUUGUUACAUAUAUACAUAUAUAUAAUACCAUAAAAUUAUAUUUUAGCGCAGUUAGAGAUAAUUUAAGAAACAAAAGAAUAUGCUGUUAGGUAAAAAUGUACCUAUGUAAAUUAUUAAGUCCUUAAACCUUUCUCCGUAUUGUGGCUCACUUUUUAGUCUAUAAUGAUCUUUAAAAGCACUUACUGUAAUUAUGUCUAACAGCUUUACUGGGAUAGAAUGCUUUCGUGCAUAAGGCUUAUAGAAAGGAGAUAAAGAUGUAACUGUUUCGUAAACAAACUUCGCUUUUUUUUUGCCAAAUUGUAAACUCUAUACUUAAGAUGUAUGACCAAAAUGCUAAAAGAGCACAAACAAACCUGAACUUUGUACUGCUCCAUUUCUUUUCCUUAAGGUAUAAAUACCGUAUACUGUAUAUAUUUUUUUUUUACCAUUGAUACAUAAGUUAAAUACUGUUAUUGCUAACCAAAAUCAAUCUGCAUAUGUGUUAUCGCUAAAAGCAAAGAUGAUGAAACACUUACUGGCUAGUGUAAAAUGCGUGCUUAAAGAGGUAUUUCCCAGGUAAUUGCUCUUGUCUUGCAUUAUGUGCGUGUGUGUGUCCAUUUAAGUUUUUGUUUUGCAGAAACAAAGAUACAUUUAUACAUUAGUAAAGCUACAUCCACUUUUCAUCUAAUUUCCCUACUGUUGUUUUUGUAGGGUUAGAUAGACAAAAAUACCUCUCAAUUCUUAUAUUUUCAUUAGCCAGAUCAAUUAUUUGUAACAUCGACAAAUAGCCACUUUGCAGAUUUUAGCAAUAACAUAUGCAUCACUGAUGUAAAAGGCACAUACGGUGGCCUAGAUGAUUGGUCAUAGGUGAUUUUUAUAACAUGCUCAGGAUUUGCUGUUGGGUUUUUUUUUUUUAUUCAAUUAAAGAAGACUUUGUAAGCUAUAUUUUGAUUAUUUAAAAUGUUUGAAAAGUCACAAAAUUCUGGAUUUAAGCUUAACAAGAGGUGCAAUAACUUACAGUAGAUAGUAUUCUUCCGCAUAACUGAAAUUUAUGUAAUACUACAUAAAAAUUGACCUUAACUGUGUGAAUAAUUGACUGUUUUUAAGAAUAUUAAUAAUGGUAAAUAAAAAAUAAAAAAAGAACAAUCACCAUAAUCAACUGAUAAAUUUUGGGAACAAUUGUGUUUUAAUCUCAGAGUUUCUAAGGAUAAAUUAAGAAAUUGUGAUUUGUCAUGUACCAAGUAGCUAUCUUUUAAAUAAACUUAGAGACCAUUCAAUACAA